AUGGAUCUGCCCGCCCAAAUCGCCGGUGGCUCCGCCCGAGGCGCCGCGCAGUGGCUGUCUUCAGACGACGAGACGCUCAUGGCGGCCCGCGCGUCCGGCCUCAGCUGGCAGGUCAUCGCCCCCAGAUACUUCCCAGAGAAGUCACCCAACGCCUGCCGCAAGCGUCACGAGCGGCUUAUUGAGAAGCGCAACGCCGAGGACUGGGACGGCAUCAAGAUCGAGACGCUGGCCAAGGAGUACAUGGACGUCCGCAGAGAGAUGUGGAGUGUGCUAGCCGACCGAGUAGGUGAAAAGUGGACAGUGGUCGAGGCCAAGUGUAUGGAGCGUGGUAUGAAGAAUCUGCAGGCUGCCUACCGCGCGGCCCAACGCAAGGAACGAGGUAAUUCCGAAGAAGGCGACAGCGGCAUUGGAUGCUCGGACGCUGAGACGGAGCUAGACGACAACUGCUCGGUGGACAGCAGCGUCGCGCCGUCAACGCGCCCGGGCGAUGAGGUCGACGAGAGGCCACAGAGGGGCGGCCCGUCGAUCCAAAGCUUGCUGAGCCCUGAACCCAGCUACAGCGGCCAACCCAAGCUGUAA